UGGCGCUGAAUUUUACCCGAAAACUUCGCUGGCCGCGCUAAAACAACGCGCGGAAUUGUUUACAAAACAGCCGAAAUGAAGAAAAUUAGGCCUUUUUCCAAGGAAGAGGCGACUGCCAGCAACGGUGGCCAGCAGAACGGGCAGGGCGAGCCUUCGGACGAAGAUGAUGAAGAACAAGAGACCUCGAGUAUGGGAAGCACGUGCACGGAUUACACCUCGAACGGCAGCGAAAGCCAGAACAAAGGAAAGCGACGCCGGGGAGUGAAACGGAAGCUGCCGAAAGCCGUGAAACCGCCGUUCAAGUUCACCAGCUACGUGAAGGAAGAUCACGGCCAGCCGCUGUUCGGAUGCCAAUUCAACCAAAAUCUCAAGAAGGGCGAGCUGCCGAUAUUCGCGGUCGUGGGCAGCAACCGGGUCACGGUCUAUCAAUGCCAGCUGGACGGGCAACUUACGCUAAAGCAGUGCUACUCAGAUCCGGACACGGAGGAGGUGUUCUAUACGUGUGCCUGGUCGUACGAGACGGUGUCGGGACGACCAUUACUAGCAGCAGCAGGUCUGCGUGGUGUGAUUCGUUUGUUUAGUCCCGCAUCUCAGAACGGCUACAAGCACUACAUCGGUCACGGGCAUGCCAUAAACGAGGUGAAAUUUCAUCCGAAGGAACCGUACCUCUUGCUUUCCGCCAGCAAGGACCAUUCGUUGCGGUUGUGGAACACCAAGACGGACAUUUGCAUAGCGGUGUUCGGUGGAGUCGAGGGCCAUCGCGACGAGGUACUGAGCGCGGAUUUCGACGCCCUCGGGUCACGCAUCAUGUCCUGCGGGAUGGACCAUUCACUGAAGAUGUGGCGUCUCGAUACGGACAACAUGGUCGACGCUAUUCGCUGCAGCUACACCUACAACGAGAGCAUCAGUUGUCGACGGUUCCCGACGGUUAGCGAACAUUUUCCCGUAUUUUCCACGCGUGACAUCCACCGGAACUAUGUGGACUGUGUUCGGUGGAUGGGAGAUUUUGUGUUAUCGAAAUCGUGCGAGAACGCGAUCGUUUGCUGGAAACCAGGCAAACUGGAGGACACUGAGGUGCGCUACAACGAGACGACCACCAGCGUAAUCACCACGUUGCAGUUCAAGGAGUGUGAGAUUUGGUUUAUCCGAUUCUCGCUCGAUUACUGGCAAAACUACUUGGCCCUCGGCAAUCAGGUCGGUCGUACGUACAUUUGGGAGCUGGACACCGAGGACCCUGUCCGUCCGCGUGCUUCCACUCUCCAGCAUCCGAAAUGUACGGCGGCCGUACGCCAGACUUCGUUCUCGCGCGAAGGCGAUAUUUUGAUAUACGUUUGUGACGACGGCACUGUCUGGCGCUGGGACAAGGUAUAAACGACUAAACGUCUUGCUGCAUUUCCAAACGACUAGAGUUGUAUUCUAGCGAAAUAAACU